CAGGAAUGGUGGGUUCCCACGUUAACGGCUGCCAGCGCUAUCCGAGCUGCCGCUGGGUGAUUUAAUUUAAUAUCUGGGCGAAAAAAGAAACCGAAGGAGCUGUCAGAUCAUGUACGGCUUUGUCAACCACGCUUUGGAGCUUCUGGUGUUAAGAAAUUAUGGGCCAGAUGUGUGGGAAGAUAUCAAGCGCGAGGCCCAGGUUGACGUGGAAGGACAGUUCCUGGUUAGAAUUAUCUACGAGGAUGCCAAAACAUACGAUCUUGUGGCUGCUGCAAGCAAAGUGCUAAAAAUGGAUGCUGGCGAUAUUCUGCAAAUGUUCGGGAAGAUGUUCUUUGAGUUCUGUCAGGAAUCCGGCUAUGACACCAUCCUACGAGUGCUGGGCUCCAACGUUCGGGAAUUCUUGCAAAAUCUGGACGCUCUGCAUGACCACCUGGGCACCAUCUAUCCCGGCAUGCGCGCACCCUCGUUUCGCUGUACAGACGCAGAGAAAGGAAACAACCUCAUCCUGCACUACUACUCUGAGAGAGAGGGCCUACAGGAUAUUGUCAUCGGCAUCAUCAAGACGGUCGCCCAGCAGAUCCAUGGAACGGAGAUUGAAAUGAAGGUCAUUCAGCAGAAGAGCGAGGAGUGCGACCACAUUAAGUUCCUGAUUGAGGAGAAGGACUCGGAGGAGGAGGCGUUUUAUGAGGACUUGGAUGGCUUUGAAGAGAAUGGCACUCAGGAGACCCGCAUUAGCCCCUAUACUUUCUGCAAGGCCUUCCCUUUCCACCUCAUGUUUGAUAAGGACCUAAUGCUCACCCAGUGUGGCAACGCCAUCUUCAGGGUCCUGCCACAGCUCCAGCCUGGUGUGUGUAAUCUGUCCUCUGUGUUCUCCUUGGUGCGGCCUCACAUUGACUUCAGUUUCCAUGGCAUCCUGUCCCAUAUCAACACUGUGUUUGUGCUUCGGAGUAAGGAGGGCCUGCUGAACGUGGAGACUGCAGAAUGUGAGGACGAGCUGACGGGAGCGGAGAUUAGUUGCCUCAGGCUGAAAGGCCAGAUGAUUUCCCUCCCAGAGACUGAAAACAUCCUCUUCCUGUGCUCACCCAGUGUAAUGAACCUGGACGACUUGACGCGGAGGGGCCUGUACCUGAGUGACAUCCCGCUUCACGAUGCCACACGUGACCUGGUUCUGCUGGGAGAACAGUUCAGAGAGGAGUACAAACUAACGCAGGAGUUGGAGAUCCUCACCGACCGCCUGCAGCACACGCUCCGAGCCCUGGAGGACGAGAAGAAGAAGACUGACAGGUUGUUGUAUUCAGUGCUACCACCUUCUGUGGCGAAUGAACUGAGACACAAACGGCCUGUGCCAGCCAAGCGCUAUGACAACGUGACCAUCCUCUUCAGCGGCAUUGUUGGAUUCAAUGCCUUCUGCAGUAAGCACGCAUCAGCAGAGGGAGCCAUAAAGAUUGUCAACCUUCUCAAUGACAUCUACACCAAGUUUGACAUCCUUACCGACUCCCGCAAGAACCCUUACGUGUACAAGGUAGAGACUGUUGGUGAUAAGUACAUGACAGUAAGUGGCCUUCCAGAACCGUGCACCCACCACGCCCAGUCCAUCUGCCACCUGGCCCUGGAUAUGAUGGAGAUCGCUGGGCAAGUGAAAGUGGAUGAGGAACCUGUUCAGAUCACUAUCGGGAUCCACACUGGAGAGGUCGUGACAGGGGUCAUAGGUCAAAGGAUGCCCCGCUACUGCCUGUUUGGCAACACGGUCAACCUGACGAGCCGCACUGAGACCACAGGAGAGAAAGGGAAGAUAAACGUGUCUGAAUACACCUACAGGUGCUUGCAGUCAGUAGAAAAUGCUGACCCUCAGUUUCAUCUGGCGUACAGAGGACCCGUCACCAUGAAGGGCAAAAAGGAACCGAUGAAAGUGUGGUUCCUCUCCCGGAAAACUCCGUAGACCAGCACGGGUCCACAAGGGGGCACCAUUUUCACUCUCUUUUUCCACAAUUUGUCUAUUGAAGCUGUUUGUUACAGUAACUAAUUUACAGCUAACAGUUACACUGAAAUAUGAGCAAUCCUUCUUAAUUUAGCAGGAAAGAUCAUGCUCCUAUAUGUACCUCUUUUUACAGUAUUGUCAUUUAUAGCAGCUACCAGUUUUAUAAUGCUAUGUGUCUUUAGUUAAAGCUAUUACAGGUGUCCUAGCCAUUAUUAUUAUUAUUAUUAUUAUUAUUAUUAUUAUUUUCAGAUUGAAGGGGCCAAAGCUAACAGUAUGUCAGCAAACGUCCUUAUUUUUCUUAUAUUCGUUUUUGUUUUGCAAUAGAUAUGUAUGUUAUUGUAUUUUGACAUUUAAAACAUUUUAAAUAUAAUAUCAGUACUUGAAAGAGAAGCUAAGGUAAAGAAAGAAAGAAAAACACUAAUAUGAAAGUGUUCUCAAAAGGUUAUUAUAUUCAUGGCUAUAUUUCUAAGAAAGCAAAACCAGAAGGAAUACACAAGUAAAAAACCUCCAUUUUUUUAAGAGAAGAAUUUUGUCAGAGGAUGUAGAGCAUGAAAUGCAGUGUGUCUAGAACAGCGCAGACAAAAGCUUUUUACAGAACAACCUUUGACCUCAGUUAACUCCUGUUAUCAUAUACAGUUAUUUAAACCCAUAUUUUAAAUUAUAAUCACUACAUAAACAAAGCAACACUGUUCUAUAAGUAGGCAAGUUAGUAGUUGAGAUUGAUACAUAUUUAUAGUAUUUUAAUGAAUCUGCACAUAAUAUAUAGAAACCUACACUCACUUUUUUCUUCAGUAUUUAAGCUGCUCACAUUCAUACAAGAAACAUUUGUUUCUUAUGCUCUAAGAGAAAAUACUGCAACAGUGAAAUUGUAAUUCUGUGCUGUGAUAGAACUGAGAAAGUCUUUUUCUAUUACUUAAUGUGCUGUAUGUAGAAUAGGGUUAGAUUGGCACCUUAACUUGUUUGCACAUUUUAUACUGUUUACUUGCACCAUAUGUUACAAGGUCUGUAUAAAAUAAACAUUUAAAAAA